GGCAUUCCUGCGUGCGGGGAGCUGCCACGGCCCCGGCUCUGUGGGGCUCGGUGCCCAGCCAUGGGGGCCGGGGAGAGCGGCACCGCUGCUGCUCCAUCGGCCUGAGAGCCCGCCGGCUCUGCCCUCGUCCCAGUGUGGAUUUAUUCUUCCCAAGGCUUGAGGUGUUCUCAGCGCAGACUUCUCCUCUCUUCCCCUCCCACCUCCUCCCGGAGAGCUGCUCUGGACAGAAUCUCAUGGGGCAGCCGCACUUCUCCAGCCCGGUCAAGCCAGGUGCUUGUGCUGAAGAGGUGGAUCACACCCCAGGUGAUGCCAGCAUGGGGGUAGAUGUUUUGGAGUCAGGUGACACCACACCUCCUACAAAGAGGAAAAGCAAGUUCUCAAGCUUUGGCAAGAUUUUCAAACCCUGGAAGUGGAGGAAAAAGAAAAGCAGUGACAAAUUCAAGGAAACUUCAGAAGUUUUAGAACGAAAGAUUUCUAUGCGAAAGCCCAGAGAGGAGCUGGUAAAAAGAGGAGUUCUGUUGGAAGAGCCUGAGCAAGAUGGUGAAGAGCCAGAGAAGCUGAACCCACCUGCACUGAAGAAUGGCCACACCAUCCCCAUCGGGGGUCCCGGGGUCUGUAACCUGCCCAGCCAGGAGGAAGAGGCCACAAAGUCAUCCAGCCUUAGAAAGCCUCUUCCAGUGGAGGAACCAAAGAAGAGGCAGGGCUCCUCCAGCAGCCACCCUGGGCCCGAACUGGAACCACCUCAGGAACCACAUGUUCCCAGACAACCUCUGCUUCCUCCAAAAAGACCUCCCUCCACUUCCCAGGAGGCAAACGAAGUGCAGGCAAGGGAUCCAACACCUUCCAGCAGUGCUGCAAGAACUGCCCCCUUCAGCACAGCCCCCACGGCAGCAAAGACAGUCAAUUCCACAGCUGCCCCUUCCCCAGCCCCCAGGACUCUGCUCCCAGCUCCCACCAGUGCCAACACUACUGCUCCCACCAGUACAACCAGCUCAGCUCCUGCCAAACAGCCUCCUGUCCCUCCUCCCAAACCUGUCAACAGAAACAGCAACUCACUAAUAGCUGAACUUUCCCAAGUAAUGACCAGUGGUACAGCCUUGUCCAAGCCUUCCCCUCCUCUCCCCCCGAAGAGAGGCCUCCUGCCUAAUAACAUGUCAGAGGCUGUCACAUCCAAGCCCCCAGGUGACAGGACAGUGACAGCGAGUCGCCCCGCACCGAUUCCACUGCACGUGACCUCAGCUUACCCACCACCGUCACCCUCGCCGCCACUGCCCACCCAUGUACCCCCUGAACCUGCACGUGUGGCCCUGCCCGCCUCCACCCCUGUCCUAGACCCACUGCACUCCCUGGAUCUGCCCAAGGAGACUCCUCCUCCGCCUCCUGAAGACUUCAGGUCCAUGGAAGUGUCGAAGAGGACGGCAGAGCAAGGGUUUGGUGAAGCCCACGUGCUGCCUCGCCUGCCCCAAAUCCCGCUGCACAUUCGUAUCCAGCAGGCUCUGGCCAGCCCUCUGCCUGUCACCCCUCCUCCCGAGGGGUCCCACAGGGCUCACUCACUGCUCUUUGAGAACGAUGCUUUCGGAGAAGACAACGGCACCCUGGGCAGGACGAGAUCUCUGCCUGUCACCAUUGAGAUGCUCAAAGUUCCAGACGAUGAGGAAGAGGAAGAAGAUGACCAGGAAGAGGAACAGAAUUCAGGUCCUCGUGUGUAUAUUGGAGAUGUGGCAUCUGUCACAGUCAUCCCCAAACUGGUACCCCAGGUCCUCCCAGAGGAGCAGGAAGGAGACGAAGGGAUGAGCGACUCUGACUCGGAGGGGCCCAUCCUGUAUAAAGAUGAUGAGGAAGAAGAUGAAAGCCAUAACAGCACGCUGGCCAACAAAGUGAAGAGGAAAGAUACACUCGCUAUAAAGCUGGGGAACACAGCUGCACCACAGGAGGAGAAAAUCACCUUCCCUCGGAAGAGCAAGGAGGAGUGGAAUGAAAUCCGUCACCAGAUUGGGACGACGCUGAUCAGGCGACUGAGUCAGAGACCAACUGCAGAAGAACUGGAACAGAGGAACAUUCUUCAGCCGAAAAAUGAAGCUGACCGUCAAGCUGAGAAGCGUGAGAUCAAGCGCCGGCUGACCAGAAAGCUUAGCCAAAGGCCUACAGUGGCAGAGCUGCAGGCCAGGAAGAUCCUGAGGUUUAAUGAAUAUGUGGAAGUAACAGAUGCUCAAGACUAUGACCGCCGAGCUGAUAAGCCGUGGACAAAGCUGACACCAGCAGACAAGGCAGCCAUCAGAAAGGAGCUGAAUGAGUUUAAGAGCUGUGAAAUGGAAGUGCAUGAGGAGAGCAAGCAGUUCACCAGAUACCAUCGACCGUAAAUAUUCCAAGGAGUGAGCAAGAAACUCGUGAGGACUGGAAAUUCUCUGCAUCCCUCUCGUAGGCAAUAUAGUGAGGAUGGAACCUCAGCUCUUCCAAGAUUUGCCUUCCAAACAUAUCCAGAAAAGGGCUUUCAGCCAGGGAAGGGGAAUCCUGUCUGAAUGUAGCAUUUCACUGGAACAAACACAUCUCUCGUGCCAUCAGGCUGGAACUGACACUAUACCUCGUGUGGCUCAGCAAUAUGACUCUGCCAGGAGACCAUGCCCAGGGGAACAACUCCUUCCUUCCCAAGUUGUACAGACUUGUCUUGGGGGUGCAAUUCCUCAUUUCCUCCUCCUUUCCAUGAGGAAAGGAGGAAAAAAAAAAAAGAAAAAAAGGCAGCUCUAAUGUUGGGAAGCUGAGGAGAGCAUGUGCUUGGAAGCAUGUGUGUGUAUAUUAGCUAUGUACAGAGAGCCCUGGCAGACAACUGACAUGGCACUCAUUAUUUCUGUGAGGGUUUGCUUGUUUCUGUCAUGUCCUUAAUGCCCUGAAUCACUACUGACCCAACAGUUUGUUGUCCUGGAAGGGAAUUGUAUAGAUAUUAACAUAUGCUGUGUCUUUUUGUAAAAAAAAAAAAAAAAAAAAGAAAAAAAAAACCACCUCCAACAGAUGUAUAAAACAUUUGCUCUGCACCCUCUCACACGUGCUGUGAUCUUAAUAACAGAUCUUGAGAUAUCUAAGCUUGGUUAACAAAUUACAGAACCAGGAAAAAUGACUGUUGCCUUUUUAAAACUUUUUAAUUUGGGGAAACUGUGAGAGUAGUCAGUCUUUUUUAUUGUGGCUUUCUCUCAGAUGUUUUUUACUUUCCCAGAUCAGGGUUGAAGCUUGCCUUUUUCUGAUUUUUACAGCUAAACCUACUGGAAACUUGAUAAUUUCACUGUGUGGGUCGAAAGGAAGAAUAUGUUUAAAAAGUGACCUUACAAAGAUGGUAUUUCUCUUCUGAGAGAAAAACUCUCCCUCGAUGCGGGUUUAAAAAAAAAAAAAAAUCAAAUCUGGUAGGGCCACUGCUGUAUUAUGCACAAAACUAAACUAUGUGUGAGAUGCCAUUGGUGCGGGGAGAAGGGAGAGAACUUUGUCUUGUUCACAGACCAGUGUGGCCACACGCCGGCCCAGCAUCCGCUGGGGGCUCUUCCCUCACGGCAUCCCCUGUACAGCCGCCAUUGCAUUGUAUAUCAGUCUCCUCCGCAACAGAUUUUAAUUAUUAAAUAAAAGUAUUUUAGAUUUUUUUUUUU